AUGACAGCACGACCUGAAAUGUUUCUUCCUUACACUCCAACUAACAUCAAAAACGCUCCAGUUGUAAUUCGAGUUUUCCAAGCUGAAUCUCAUGAAUUUGUUAUGAAAUGUGAGUUAUUUGAAGCAAUCCGAAGCAAAAAUCCACCUGGUGAAAAUAUUGAUUUUGUCGAUGAAAAUGGAAGAUACGCUGUGAUGGAACUCGCUGAUGUAUACAAAGAGUAUGGCGAUCAGAUUAGUAAUAUUAAUUUGAUUCCCACUCCGGUUCGAAGAGCAGAAUUCAAAGCUGUUCCAAUUAUCACACCGAAAGGAGAUUACUGUAUUCUGGCAAUUGAUGCAUUCUCAGAAAUAUUCAAUCAGUUGUUUUUUGUCGAAAAAGUUUUUCAAAAGAUUAAGAACGAUGAUUGGAAUUAUCUUUGUGAUUAUAUGAGAAAAGUUGAAGAGUUUUUUAAAUCUGACGAAAGAUUCUUUGUCACUAUCGAGUCGCUGAACAAGUUGAAAGAAGAAACCACCGAGUUCUGGAAGAAGUAUGAAAAAGUUCCCGUGAAAUAUGUCAGGAAUGCUAAAAAGGAUGGAUUCACAAUGGAGAAUCUGAAGAACGAAUUGAAAAAUUUGGGUUUGAAUAUAAUCUUUCCCGAAAUUGAGCUGCAUGCAGAUAGAGUUUACUUGUCGACGUUAAUCAGGAAGAAAGAUAAAUUUCUAAGGACUUGUGAUUUGUUCUUUGCGAUUUCGCGUUGUCUGUUGAUAUGCGUUCAUGGACAUUUUGAUAGUACAAGAGCUCUAUUCGUAGCUCAGAAAAUUAUGGAUAAAGAGCGAAUGAGUCAAUUAGACUACAGAAAUUCUCCAGAGUUACGUGAUAAACUGAAAGACGUUAACAAUAUAAACCCGAAAAAAGUGGGGAAGGAAGAGAGUUUUGAUGAGAAAUCAUCUGUCAGUUGUGAAGAUUGCGUUCACACGAAUAAAUUAUAUGAUCAAGUGAAAAAGGAACUGAAAUCUACACAGCAUACACUCAGAACUGCAGAGAAAAAAGCAAAGAAAACGGAUGAGUUGGAGAAGAAAUUAGCGAGUUGUCAACGGAAAAUUGAGGGAUUUGAGAAUAAAUUGGAUAAGGAAAGAGAUGAGAAAAAGACGGUUCAAGAGAGUUUAGAGAAGCAGAUGGAGGAAAUAAAUGAAGAGAUGAGACUUAUGAAAGAACAAGUGUCGAUGUCAUCUGCCCAACUUGAAGCGAUGAAAUUGGAAGUUUCGCAGAAAAAUGAGGAAAUUAAUAAAGCUAAUAAAAUACUCACCGAUACUCGCAAGAAGCUGACAUCGAAAACUUCAAAAUUGGGGGACGAGGUCAAAAGAAAAGAGAAUCAGCUGGAAACGGUGAGAAGAGAAGUAUCAAAUCUUCAGAGAAAAUUUGAUGAAAAAGACGAAAAAGUGAAAACUGAAAUUUCAGAGAAAGAUGAGAUUAUCAAAAGACUUGAAGAAACUAACACACGAUUGACAAUUCGUGUCGAGGAGCAAGAUAGAAUAGUGAAGAGUCUUCUGGAAAAAAUUUCAGAUUCUAAAUCAUCGGAAUCUGGAAUUCCAGACGACAAAAGACACGGUGGACCUAGAUAUCAACUUUCGGAAUUAUGGAAAAUUAAAGAUCAAUAUAAUAGUGGAGAACCAUUGAAACAGGCCAAACAUAUGAUUCAAAAAUUAAUUUCGCUAUCGAACCGCCCUGAUAUCCACGAAAUGGCGAAUUAUGAAUACCAACAAUUUGAAGGAAAAAUUCGAAAUUAUCUUCUAUCGGUGGAGGUGAAUAUUCAGAAAAUAAAGAAGAAUGGAGAAUGUUCUGAAUUGAUUCCGCUUUCUGAUUUACCUGCAUUUUCUGAUCGAUUCAUGACAGAGUAUAGGAAAGAAAUCGAUAAGAAAUCGGAGCAAAUUGAAGAAUCGGAUGUUGAAUGUGGAAUUUGUUUUUUCGAAAUGAAAUCAGAAGAAGAGAAAUUGGAUUGUGCACAGUGUAAGAAGGUUCUUCAUUUGAAGUGCGCGACAAAAUGGCUGGCUGUCCACCGAUCUUGUCCGUAUUGUCGAGCGAAACUUCUGGAUCCUAUCGAGUUCCCGUCGCUCAACUAA